CUCGUUCCAGUACCUUUAUCUGAAGAACAUCAAAGGGAACGAUGGCACUGUCACGCACUAUGAGGACAUGUUUGCAUAGUGGAAGACUUGCCGCCCUGGCAAUAUUAGUCUCUGCAGGAAUUGUAUUGCAGAUUUUGGCAUGUGCUCUUUAUAACAACUGGUGGCCAAUGUUAACAGUUCUGAUGUACCUCAUACUACCCAUGCCGCUCAUAUUUUUCCUGGGCUCAGAUUCUCCAUCGAUCAUGUUCAAUGAGAAUGAUGGAUAAGCUGAAGAUCAAGGG